UCAUGGCCAAGAUGGCGGCCUCCAUGGUGGAGAGCGGAGAAGAUGCGUUCAGAAAAAUGUUUAAGUUUUACAAGAGAAGAAACCCUCCUCCUGAUUUAAGCGCUGUCAUAGACUUCUCCAGAGGGGUACCGAGUGACAAGAUAGCUCCUGUUGAUUUAGACUCUGCAGCAGUGAGUGACGUCGAUGCUGCCAGGGUUGGAUUACGACCUGUCAGAGACUGGAGAGCCUUCAGCCUGCAGGGCUACCCAGGGUUCAUCUUCAUCUCCAAUCCGUUUCUGUGGGGCUCCCAGUCCUACUGGGUGAGACAAUGUCUGAAGACCUACCCUCAGAAACCGAACAUCUGCAAUCUGGACAUGCACAUGUCUCCUUCAGACACCGAGGACAUCUGGGGAAAGAGUGUACAUGCUCUCAGUUCUCCCACUGGAAAGAGAGAACCAAAGACUCUGCUGGAGAGGCUGCGAUGGGUCACUCUGGGAUAUCACUACAACUGGAAUACGAAGACUUACUCUGCCAACAGCUACACUCCUUUCCCAGCUGACCUCCACUCGCUGUCCCUCCAAGUAACGGCCGCCUGUGGCUUCCCAAGGUUCAACUCAGAGGCUGGAAUUCUAAACUACUACCGAUCGGACUCUUCUCUGGGAAUCCAUGUGGAUGAAUCCGAGCUGGAUCACACUCGACCUCUGCUGUCCUUCAGUUUUGGACAGUCGGCCAUCUUCCUCCUGGGAGGCACCUGCAGACAGGAUCCCCCCACUGCCAUGUACAUGCACAGUGGGGACAUGAUGCUGAUGUCAGGACAAAGCCGCCUUCUUUACCAUGCUGUCCCACGCAUCCUCCCAGCCCCUCAGGGUCACACUACUUUAGCGAUGGAAGGCUGUAGCCUGGCUUCGUCCCUACAGGAGGACGCUGUGAUGGAGCUGGUGUCUGAGGAGGACUGGGCAGUAUGCUCCAGGUACAUCCACAACUCCAGGGUGAACGUGACUGUCAGACAGGUGCUGGGGCCUGGACAGAACUUUCCAGAAACACCCUCUCCUCUCCAAAGGACUGAUACAGACCAGACAGACAGGCCUCAUGACGAAGCAGCAGACCGAGAUCAUGGAAAGAGGAAAAGAAGCAGCAGUGACUCUGUUGAUCCUGUAGAGACAUGAAACACCAGCUGGUGUGUGGUGCUGGUGUGGCUCCUACUUGGAGAUGUGAUGCUGCAGGGGACAUUUAGCAGAGUCUUUCUUUGCAGAGAUAUUCUAGUGUGUAAGGUAUGCUAAAAGCAUACACCCUAAAUGUGUCCAAUGUCUUUGAAGAAGGCAGUAAAACCAAACCGUUAACCCUCAGUGUUGAAGCUGAUAGAGAAUUUUUUGUGGACAUCCCAAAAUUACCAAAACCUUUAUUUUCCUUAAGUCUGACACUUACACCUUAGUUAGGAAAAGUGAGGUAGAGUACCAUUCUUCAAAAUAACCUCCCAAUUAUCAAUUAUGUAAAAAUAGAAAUAAUGCCUCAAAAUAUUAAACAAAAAGAAAAAAGAGAGGUAGCCUAUUCUUCAAUGUUCAGUUAGCCCAUUCUUCAAAAUAAUGUGCCUAAUGGCAAAUGAAAAAAAUAUAGAAGUAAUGCCUCAAGUCAACAGCCCUUUUUUCCUUCUUUUUCCUUUUCUUAUUAGCCACAGAGACAUAAGUCCCAGCUUUGCAGACUGUACAUUCUGCCUCCCAUUUGACACGACCCGGACGAAAACAGGGGUACUUUUUUCGCAUUUCAUCAGUGAGAUGACAUUUGCAUUUCUGGCACCUCUGGUUAAUAUGUGUUAGAAGCCUUAAAAUAAAUUCAAUUUUUAUUGCAGAAGCAUCCUCUCACACUGAAAAUUGGAGAAAAAUGUAUUAUAGGAGAAGAUUAGGUGCUGUUUUGUUGGCAAAAAGGGGUUGUACAAAGUUUUAACGUCAGAGGUGCUAAUAAUUGUGGCACACAUGAUUUGAUGUAAAAGAGUUAUUUCUUAAUGUGGGAUUUUUUUUUCCCUACUGAAUAAAUGCACUUGAAUUAAAGGUUGGAUUUUUCUCGUUUUUUUCAUUGUGGUCCUAUAUUAUUUAGAAAAAAACUGAAUUUAUUAGAAGCUAAAGAACACAUUUUAACCAGGGGUGCCAAUAAUUAUGGGUGCUGUAUAUAUCAAGGCCUGCUUCCACCUCCUGGUCUUUUCUGAACUACGAGGGGACAGACCUGUUUCUUCUGAGGCUGGGUCGCCAUGCUCGGCUACCACAGGAGAAACUUUGCUCAUGGCUGUUCAGAGGUAUAAUGGAGAAGAGAAAGAAUGAUAGGGGUGGAUUUGUGCUCCAGAAUCCUCUCUUUGUGUUUCAAAACACAAACAAAAGAAGCGGUGAUUUGUCCAAGCGGCCAUUUGUUGGGAGAAGAGCAGCAGCUGGAGGUUGUGGAGGGAAAAAACAGCCCACUGCAGCUGGAAACCCCUCCACUCCUGGGCUGGGACGACUGGAUCAUGUGUGACUUUCCCCGGCACUCCCCUCAAUAAACUUGUUUAAGGAUAGUAAGAACCUUUGUGCUGAUUUUAUUAAAGGGAGCUGAAAGAAUCUUUCACUGAACAGCUAACUGUUUGGAAUCACUGAACUGGAAUCAAUCACGUCUUCAUGACAACAAUCAGCACAUCUGGGAUUAAACUGUCAGAACACUUCCAUGUUUGAAGACAUUCAAAAGAAACAAGGAAACAAUGAAAACACUUGUAUGCUAUGUAUUAUUAUGGAUCUUCUGUCCUUUAUCUGGAAAAAAAAGAGUGACAUCAGACCCUGUCAGUUACAGUUUGGCGAAAUAUUAUUAGAAAUUAGCACCACGUUCAGUCAUCACCAAUCAGCCAAACAUCAUCAAAGGUUUGUCCCUUCACCAUUGGCUGCUGUGCAACGCUGUGGAGCAAUGCAUUUUGGGAUUUUUAGCACAAAGUCGAGUGCUGGCAUGGACAUUACUUUCAUUUGAGGAUCUAAGGCCUGGCAGCACCACAUGAGGUGUGGUUAUUAAAUAUAAGACUAAUGCUGGUUGAAGUUACAUGAGCUCAAUCUGGUUACUGAACAGCCACACGUCCAACAGAGGAUAAAUGUACUCAGAAUCUGAAAAUGAAGUAAAUAAAUACAUUUAAAUGGAA